ACGCCUCCUCUCGUUUAUACAAAUAUCUGUGUCUUAUAAAUUCAGUAGUUAAUUUAAAUCUCAAUAAAGUAUUUUCUCCUUAUAAAGGGUAUAUAAUAAAUAUUCAUUUUCGUUAAUAGUUUUAUCACAUUAAAUUCGCAAAUAUGGAACUAAUAAGCUUAAUUUUCGCAAUAAACUUGCUGAUGCUGCAAUGUGGCGCAAUAAAUAUUACAUUCGAACCCAGUGAUGAGGUGGAAGUUUAUAUGGGGCACACUCGAGAAGUACCAUAUGUUGUGCUAAAUAUCACCGAGGGUGAAUGUGUCUUGUAUACUGACGACCCGCAUAUAUCCGAACUGAAACAUCAGGUUACCAUAAAAGACGUGGGGCAGACAGGAAACGUCACUUUAAAGGGAAAUUUUAUAGGUUACACGUUCCUAUCUUGCAAGAACCCUAUCACCCAAGAGCGUAACCUUCAGGUCGAAUUACAGAUAAAAUGCCUAAGAAAACAACGAAUUGUGGACAGGAUCUUCACCGGGUCGACGGCUGCUCUGGUCGCUUUAAUUUACGUAAAUUUCGGAUGUGCGGUACAGUGGGGCGAAUUGAGAAACCUCCUUAAGAAACCCGUGGGACCGUUGCUGGGGUUCUGCGGCCAGUUUGUCAUGAUGCCCUUGAUAUGUUACGGUAUGGGUUUCGUCCUGUUCCCGAACAAUCCCACCAUGAGACUAGGCAUGUUUUUCACAGGGGUGUCUCCAGGGGGCGGCGCCUCCAACAUCUGGACGGCCAUAUUAGAGGGAAACAUCGAUUUGUCGAUACUGAUGACUACCGUGAGUACUUUGGCCGCCUUCGGAAUGAUGCCCCUGUGGCUCUUCACUUUGGGGGCCACCAUUUUUUCCGACGCCAAUAUUGAGGUUCCUUAUUCGCACAUAAGCACGUAUGUGGUGGCCCUGAUCGUGCCUUUAGGCAUCGGAUAUUUGAUCCAGAGAUAUUUAGAAAAGACCGGGUUGUUCCUGAAAAGAAUCCUUAAAGGUUUCUCUUCUUUGCUGAUAUUGUUUAUUAUUAUAUUUGCCAUUGUGACCAACUUGUAUCUGUUUGAGUUGUUCUCUUGGGAGAUUGUAGUGGCUGGAAUGGUGAUCCCUUGGAUGGGUUACAUGGUGGGGUAUAUAGUGGCCAAGAUAUUAAGGCAACCAAACACGGACGCCAUUGCCAUCGCGGUCGAAAUCGGCAUCCAGAACACUGGAAUUUCGAUAUUUUUGCUCAGGUUCGCUCUGGAUUCGAUUGAAGCCGACUUGACUACAGUUAUACCGGUUUCCGUCGCCAUAAUGACUCCCUUUCCCCUAGGGGUUUUGUUCAUUUGCAAGAAAAUUAAGCAAAGGUUUUGGCCCACUUCACCUGCGGAGAAAAUUGACGACAAGGAAACAACUCCCUAGAUUUUCACUAAUUGAUUGUAAUAAAAAUAAAGUAAUUUUCAAAAUUUUGAA